UUACCUGUUUGCUUGUUUCAGGCCGCAUAGUAACGUUUAGCGCAUAAGUUAGCCUAGCUUGAGUUGACUGCCGUAUUCCUCCUGCGCGUUUAUGAUACUUCAGGAAAGAACUGGUAAAUUUAGCGCAAGUGGUCGAAUCAAACCCUGCCGCCAGGAAACACGUUUUCCUAGUCAACACCUGGAACUUACCGCUCAACUCCCCGGAUGAGUGGAUGCCGAAGGCCUGACCAAUCGCGUCGCUCGUGUGCUAACGUUAGCCGUCUGAGCUAACCGCUUUGCCCUGAAGUCGUCGAGCUAACGGGACGGGACUAAAAAUGUUUGGUUCUUCGAGAUCCGGAGGAGUGAGGGGCGGCCAGGACCACUUCAACUGGGAUGACGUGAAGGUCGACAAACACAGAGAAAAUUAUCUAGGGAACUCGUUAAUGGCGCCGGUGGGACGGUGGCAAAAAGGCAAAGAUCUGACAUGGUAUGCAAAAGGCAACAAAGGCGGCGCACCGUUGUCCAAAGAGGAAGAACUGGCCGCCGUCAGGGCAGCGGAGCACGAGGCACUGAUGGCCGCCCUAGGGCACAAGAAUAUAAAGCGACAACCAACUGGCUUGACCAAAGAGGACCUUGUGGAGGUUUGCAGGAGGGAGGAGGCUGAUGGUGAAGAGAGAAAUGUGGACCGUGUGUCGGGCUUGGGAAGCUCCAGCGCAGGGUCACGGAAAAUGGUGCUGUCCCAAAAAGAAAAGGAAGCUGCUAAAAUAGGCCUCCCAGUCUUCACACACCACAAGACUGAAGGUCGUCCAGAAACCUCAGCGACGAGAACAGCCGAGCACGUAGAAAAACAAGAACUGGAACAACGGCCUGAGAGCAAAAAGAAGAAGAAAGAAAAGAAGAGCAAAAAGGAGAAAAAGAAGAAGGAAAAAAAGAGGAAAAGGCAAAGAAGAGACUCGUCGGAGUCGGACUCGGAUGACAACAGAAAGAGGCACAGAAAGGACCACCAUCAUCAUAAUCCAUCAUACCGUAGUCAGAGCGGAGCCAGACCCCAUGACAGCCAUUCAAGGGGGGGAGCAAAGGCCGAGCGAGAGCCCUCCCACCCCCACCACCGACAGCAGCGCCACGACACAGACUCCUCAGAUGGGGGGUCUCCUGUCCCCCGUAACCCUGCCAGCCACAAGAAGGCCCCUGCUGGUGCCACACAAAGCCACAGGCGGCGCCAUGACACAGACUCGGACGACUAAUGUCCUGCCCGCCCCCCCGCCAAUUCAAAGACGCAUAAUUCGAGCGGAGCGCUCUACAGCAGCCCGACCGGCCCUGAAGACCUCAUUUACCCUGGACGGCCCGGCGGACUGCGGAUGGAGAGCGUUCUGUGUUGGGGUCACGUUGUAGCUCCUCCACUCGAUAAGCGACAGCGACACUGUUUUUUUGUUUUUGUGUUGACAAGGUUUUUGUUAAAACAUUUUAUGUAAUUAAAUCAUCAGAUAUCACA